AUGGAUAGAACUGAACAAUGUAAAGGAAACCAAAGGCGAGGAGCUGAAAAUUCAGAAGAAAUUGUCCUUAUUUCAAAAACAGGUGGUCGUUACAAAGUGGACAAACUUUUAUUCAAACAGGCUAGUGCUUACUAUCGAGCUCUGGUCAACAGCGGAAUGAAGGAUGCAAACGUCCAUGAACUCACGCUUGAAUGUUUGUCUGACGGUUGCUUAGAUAAAGUCGUAGAUUAUUUGUCGAAACAGCAAGCCGACAACGAAAAGAUUGAAAAUCAGUCUGUGAAAUCGUUUGAAGAGAUUGAUGAAGGUCUGGAAGGUGCGACAUAUUUGCAAAUUAGUGAAAUGAUGGAUCGGUACUUUAAAUUUUUAUCAAAAUAUCCGUUAAACGACACCACGUGGCUACAUAUUUUAAAUCUUGCAAACAAGUAUUCCAUGAAGGGGUUGAUUAAAAAGAUUAUGAACUUUAUUUGUGAUAAUUUCAACAGCCUCGUAAACCACGCUGACUUGAUGACGUUAUCUCUAGAAGAAAUGAAUCACUUUGUUAAAUCAGAAGAAAUAAAUGCAGACGGCGAGUUUCAGAUUUUUAAUUUUAUUGUGAAGUGGUUAUCUGUUGGUGUCGACCAAUCAAGGAUGCGCCAUGCAGAAAAGUUAUUGGACGAAGUGAGGUUCGGUUUAAUGACAACCGCUGAGAAACAGAAAAGCCGAGACGUGAUUGAGAAACUCAAUUUAAAUGUGCGUCAAACUGAACGAAAUAUGAAGUGCCGUCGUGUGGAGCGUGUCUGUUUAGCUUUUUUGGAAGAAUAUGAAAAGAUCCAUUUAAAAGUUCUCCAUCUGGCUGAUGUUAAAAGUGGCAUCGGUCUUUCACUUCCACAAACUAACGACUACAACGCCUUCAAAUUCAACGAUGAGCGAGCACGUCCCAAUACACAUCCCAUUAUGUGUAGUAGUUUUGAAACCUGCGUGCUAGAUAAUUGCUUGUACGUUGCUGGGGGGGUGAGCUUGAAGUCUUCAAGUUAUCAAGUCCUCGACAACGUUUAUGUUUACGAUCCCAUACAUUCCGUCUGGUCACAGCGUUCUAACAUGCUUUCGCCAAAAUGCAACUUUUACUUUGGUGAAAUGGAUGGUGAAUUGUACACAGUUGCUGGAGUUAAUAUGGACUUUUCAGCACUUGGUUCGACAACUAUUGAAAAGUACGUUCCUAAAGAAGACCGGUGGUACCAAAUGUCAAGUCGACAACCUGUUCAGUUGGAAAAUUUUUCAACAUGCUGUGUUUUUAAUGGAAAAAUAUAUAUGAGUGGAGGACUCGAUGCUGAAGGUGAAAUCAUCAAAAGUGUAUACAAGUACGAUCCAGCCACUGAAGAGUGGCAUUCAGUAACCCCAUUGCUGACGGGUCGAUGUAGUCAUAUUAUGGCACCCUAUGCAAACAAAUUAUUUGCCAUCGGAGGAAUAAAUUACAAUUUCAUUGACAGAUCUAGACAUAUAAUGGUUAACAUUGUUGCCAGUUUUUUUACUCUAACCCAUUUUAGAUCGCGGUUACGAAUUUUUAAUAAUUUUGUCUGA